AUGCGACGUAGUAUCCUCCAGCUCUCACGGCUUGCUCGUAUCCAAACAGCACAACCAAUUCCUCCCGUGUUCUGGACUGCAACGCGAACUUGUCCUCUCCGCGUUCCUAUUGCUUCAACCUCCGUUGCGACAUGCUCUCCGGUCCGGAUGGCUUCAUCGACUAAUCAGCCAUCUACCAUUCGAUUCUCCGAAGGGGAAGACACAGAGCAGGUAGUGAGAGGGCUGAACUCGCUACGGCAACGCGGAUGGCAGCUGGACCAGGAUGGAAUGGGAGUGACCAAGACCUUUUAUUUCAAGGCGUACUUCAAGGCAGUGAGUUUUGUCAAUGUAAUUGCGGCUGAGAGUGCAGCCAAGAAACACCAUCCGACUAUCACCCUGACCGAUUUCGGCCAGACAAACUUCAGUCGUCCAACAGCCCGCCCUGCGCCGGCCAACCGUCCUCGACCAAACGAAUAUGCCAGUGCCAAUGGCGAGGCCAUGGAGAAGGUUCCCUUGCAACCACCGAAGCGCCAGUCGUCCAAGUCCAGCUUGCGCAACCUCUUUGGCCGCGACAAAUCAGCACGCAAGCCUGCCCAUGACCACAAACUUGCCGAGAUCGACGAAAUGCAUCCCACGGGCACGAAUGCCAACAUAAACGCCAGUACCACCAAGAUCAAUCUUAAUAACAAUAACCAGACAACAACAGUGACACAACCCGACAUGCCAUUAUCGCCAAACUUCUGUAACACACCCAAGACCGCGGUCUCGACUCCUACCCUCGUCACGUCGCCUACGUCCGCAGCUGAGCUGCCUACGCGAAACAAGCUCCCCCCGUCCAAACCACCGCCCCCGAAGCCAAGCGAGGAGGAUAAGCCGCCGACCCGGGAUCUGGGAUGGAAACCACCGCCUCUGUUCCAAGCUUACCCGCAAGCCAUCAAGCAUAGCACUCUCCCAGCCCCGACACUGUCAGCUGACGCUAUCUUACGUGCGCAUGCUACUUCCAAGGGCGGUGGGUCGCGCGAGGAUGAGAACGUUGGUGCCUUGUCACAGCAGAGAGAAGACACGCGCGAAGAAGCUGCAGCUAGGAAGAAGAAGGAGGACAAGGAGAGGAAGCAUCUGCGGUCACUAUCGGAGACAAUUGGCAAAACGGACUGGACUCAGAAGGUCUACGUUGUGACUACUUCGGGGUAUAUUUUGCAAUACUCUGGGGAAGGGAAAUAUGACCGACUACCCGAGAAGAUGCUCCUUCUGGGCCCCAAAUCGGUGGCUUUCGCAAGUGACGCUAUCCCAGGGAAGCAUUGGGUAUUACAAGUAUCGCAAGGUGCAGAUGGAUCCGAAGCCCCUGUAUCUACGGAUGUGCCUCGGCCGUUGCUGACACGAUUGGGUUUCCAUCGGUCUUACACACGGAGACUAACUCAGAGUUUCCUUCUGGUGUUCAACGAUCCCGACGAAUUGAGUUCUUGGCUGCUUACCGUCCGAGCGCAGAUCGAGGCUCGCGGGGGCAAAAAGUAUGUUUCGGAACGGGUAUUUGACGAUGGAAUGGAACAGCAACUGCGGUCAAAGACCAGUGUGCGACAACUCGUGAAGAGAGACCCUAAUCGUUUUUCGAACCUGUACUUGCAACCGCAAAAUGAGAGUCAGUCAGAGGGUGACUCCCGCCGGAGUUCCUAUGUGUCCAACAGUAACCGCCAUUCUUUGGUCUCCACGGCCGCUACUGAUGUGGGAGCACCACAAGCCACUGCCAAUGGCGGCUCGGGACGUUUCUAUGCUGCCACUACCGCCACAGCGACGACAUCGGAGUCGACCACAACGGUGACGCCAAUUCCCCCACGGGAUGCUACCAGUUCACCUGCGAUGCGCAAUCACGGCCCAGCAAAUGUCGUAUCAUCUCCCCCGCGGGAAAUCACGCAGAGUCCUCCAGCCUUGACAAGUCCGAAGAAACGACGAUCGAUGGCAUACAUGUCUACGCAACCAGUAGAGCCGUUCCAACCGGAUGUCUCAGAGUUACCUCGGUCUCAAUCAACAGCACCAGAUCCGUCUGUUCGAAGCGCAUCACCGCCGGCUCCCAAUUUCAGCGUCCCCUCUUUCAGCAAGCGCUUCGCAGCCAGGACGACCAUGAACAAUAUCCCACCGCUACAACUGGCAUCCAUCCAACAACCGGAUCACCAGAACGAGGACGACUUCGACAUCAAUGCCAUCGCGUCGUUCCCAUCUCCCCCUCAAUCCCCCGUGCGCAGUCUCUCCAGCAUGAGCCGCAAUGACCCAAGCGAUCCUCAUGGCUAUGUCUCCCGUCAAAGCAGCAUGAACCGAAGGCGACCAUUGCGAGUAUCCCCCUCACAGGACUCACUGGUGACAUGCGAAUCGACAGCACAGCAAAGCAGCGAGCGCAAACCAUCAACAGCCAUAACCCGCCCGCCGCGAAGCAGCGUGUCAACAGUCAACAGCACACCACGCCCCUCACGACCAAUGAGCAUCGUCUCCUCAGUCGACGCAUCCCUCGCAACCGGCGACAUCCAGCCCCCCCAAUCACCACCCCAGUCAACCCGCUCCCACCGCGACCCCCAAAAGAGCCGCACCUCCGUCCUCUACCCGACAAAUAACACCACAAACGUCACCUACUCCUACUCCCCCAUGCCCAACGUCUCGCGUCGGAAAUCCAUGCCCGGUCUCGCCGUGGGCCCGCCCACGCUCCCACCUCCAAGCUGUCCUCUCCCCAAGAUCCCAUCACCGGUCCCCGUCGACCCAUCUGCCGCCGACACGGCACUUCCAGUAUCCCCACGAUCAUGCAAGAGUCCGCCGCCGGUACACGGGCAUGGAUUGAGGAAGAUCAAGGAGAGGAAGAGUUCUGUGGGGGUUGCGGGACAUUCGCAUUCGUCUAGGUUUUCGUUGGGAAUGAGGAGUAUUUCUUCGUCGGCGAGGUAG